GACCAUGGCACCGGGGCUGAUCCUCGGCUCCUUCCUCGUCGCGUUCGUCGCCUGUUUCGGUGGUCUCCAGCUCGCUGGGGCCGCUGGAGGAGCCGGCGGCCGGAGGGGCUCGGCGGCCGAUGCUUGCGGAGGAAGGGGGCUGUCAUCAGUCACCAGGAACAAUGGACUACUCAAUAUCACCUUUAAAUUUGACAACUGCACACCUUAUCUGAAUUCAGUGGGAAAACACGUAAUUGGAGAUGUGCAGAACAUAACUAUCAGUCAGUAUGCAUGUUAUGAACAGGUUGCAGUUACAAUCCUUUGGACAGCAAAUGCCAUUGGGAUUGAAUACCUGAGAGGAUUCCGAGUGAUACUUGAGGAGCUGAAAUCAGAAGGAAGGCAAUGCCAGCAGAUGGUUUUAAAAGAUCCAAAGCAGCUCAGCCCCAGUUUUAAACGAACAGGAAUGGAAUCCCAGCCCUUUGUAAAUCUGAAGUUUGAAACAGAUUACUUUGUAAAGAUUGUUCCUUUUCCAUCAAUUAAAAAUGAAAGUAAUUAUCACCCAUUUUUCUUCCGAACUAGACCAUGUGAAUUGUUGCUACAGCCAGAAAACCUUGUCUGCAAACCUUACUGGAAACCAAGAAAUCUGAAUGUUACCCAGCAGGGAUUUAACAUGCAAGUGUCCUUUGAUCAUGCACCUCACAGUUUUGGGUUUAGAUACUAUUUUCUUCACUACAAACUUAAGCAUGAAGGGCCAUUUAAACAGAAGACCUGCAAACAGGAGCAAAACACAGAUACUACAAGUUGUAUUCUUCAGAAUGUGUCUCCAGGGGAUUAUAUAAUUGAGCUGCUUGAUGACACCAAUACAACAAGGAAAACAAUGCACUAUGCACUAAAGCCAGUACAUUCCCCGUGGGCUGGACCGAUAAGAGCUAUUGCCAUUACAGUGCCCCUCGUUGUCAUUUCAGCAUUUGCAACACUUUUUACAGUGAUGUGCCGCAAGAAACAGCAAGAAAAUAUAUACUCCCAUCUAGAUGAGGAGAGCUCAGAAUCUUCAGCAUAUGCUGCAGGUCUCCAUGUGGAAAGACUUCGUCCUCGGCCAAAAGUGUUCAUCUGCUAUUCCAGUAAAGAUUGCCAGAAACACAUUAACGUCAUCCAGUGCUUUGCUUAUUUCCUUCAGGACUUUUGUGGCUGUGAGGUGGCUCUAGAUUUGUGGGAAGAUGUAAGAAUUUGUAAAGAAGGUCAGAAAGAGUGGCUUAUUAAAAAAAUAAAUGAGUCCCAGUUUAUCAUCAUUGUGUGUUCCAAGGGAAUGAAAUACUUUGUAGAAAAAAAGAACUGGAAACACAGAGGAGCAACCAAAGAUGCAGGAAAAGGAGAACUCUUUCUGUUUGCUGUGUUGACUGUUGCAGAGAAGCUUCGUCAAGCAAAGCAGAAUUCAAAUGACCUCUGCAAGUUCAUUGCAGUCUACUUUGAUUACUCCUGCGAAGGAGACAUCCCUGGUAUUCUGGAUCUAAGUACAAAAUACAAACUCAUGGACAAUCUUCCUCAGCUGUAUUCACAUUUACACUCCAGAGAUCUUAGUGCACAGGAUUCAGAGGUGUUUCCUGUUAACAUUAGUAAAAGGAAUUAUUUCAGGAGCAAAUCUGGGAGGUCCCUUUAUGUCGCCAUUUGCAAUAUGCAUCAGUUCAUUGAUCAGGAACCAGACUGGUUUGAGAAGCAAUUUAUUGCAUUCCCUCCACCUUCUUUACAUUACUCAGAGCCUGUCAUGGAGAAGUUUGAUUCAGGCUUGGUUUUAAAUGACUUAGUGAAUAAACAGGUGAUGGAUGGUGAUUUUUACCUGAAAACAGAUGUAAAUAUUACUUCCACAGGGAAUUCAGAUUCUCACUGUAUAAUUCAGCACUUAAACCUUGGAGAAGAUGCAGAAACUCAGGACAUUCAAGGUAGUGGCAGCUCUGUUCUUCAGCCAUUGUUACAUGUUUUUAAAGCUUCAAAUCCUAAAGAUAUGCCUCGAGAUUCUGGAAUCUAUGAUUCAUCUGUUCCUUCAUCUGAAUUAUCUUUACCUUUAAUGGAAGGACUGUUGACUGACCAAACUGAAACAUCUUCCAUUUCAGGAAGUGUUUCUUCAUCUUCAGGUUUAGGGGAAGAAGAACCUCCUGUAAUUACUUCUACAAAAUUCUUAGUGCCUGGAAUAAGUAAAGCAGAACUUCAUUGCCAUAUCCAUACUGAUGAACUGCAGGCAAUUGCUCCUUUAUAAUACACAACAACAUUUUGAUGCAUUGCCACUUUAUCAACAGUCUCUGUUUAUGCUUUAACUACCACACUGUCUCAGCACUAAAUCUACUUGAAGGAAUGAAUAUUCCCUGAAGAUGAUCUUUUAUUCCUAAGGUAUUAUUUUUUAUGGCCAGUAAACUUGAAUCUCUUGGUCUUUUUAUAUAAAGUCUUUCAUGAUUUGAAAAAUGCAGCGUGAAAAAAUAGCUGAGAAUACAUUUCAAAUUUAUUCUUAUUACUAAUUUAAACAUCUUGAUGUUAUACUGUUUACAGAUGCCAUAAUAAAAAUUGACUUUUUUUGCUAGAAA